CAAAGGGGAGCUGUCACGCUCUCGAGAGGGAGGGGGGGUUUUCCGUUGCCGGCCCGGGGCCCUUGGCCUGGGAAGAAGGGGAGAGCGCUCGUGCGCGCGCGCGCUGCGGCUGCCAGCUUCUUUUCCUCCUCCCCCCCACCUCAUGGGGGGUGUAUGAUAACCUGAGUCUUUCGGGGCCCCCCUCCCUCCCUCCUUUCCCCCCUCCCUGGCGACUUGCCUUGGAAACUAGCAGAGAUGACAGAAUACAAACUGGUGGUGGUGGGCGCUGGUGGUGUUGGGAAGAGUGCACUUACCAUACAGUUGAUCCAGAAUCACUUUGUGGACGAGUAUGACCCCACAAUUGAGGAUUCAUAUCGGAAGCAGGUCGUAAUCGAUGGAGAGACCUGUCUCUUAGAUAUUUUGGAUACAGCUGGGCAAGAAGAAUACAGUGCUAUGCGUGAUCAAUAUAUGAGAACAGGAGAAGGCUUUCUGUGUGUCUUUGCAAUCAACAACACAAAGUCUUUUGAAGAUGUUCACCACUACAGGGAACAGAUCAAUCGUGUGAAGGACUCUGAUGAUGUUCCUAUGGUGCUUGUUGGCAAUAAGUGUGAUUUACCCUCUCGGACGGUGGAUACUAAACAGGCUCAGGAACUUGCCAGAAGCUAUGGAAUCCCCUUUGUAGAGACCUCUGCCAAAACUAGACAGGGAGUGGAAGAUGCUUUCUAUACCCUGGUGCGAGAAAUCAGGAAACACAAGGAAAAGAUCAGCAAUGGGCGCAAGAAGAAAUCUUCCAAAAGGAAGUGUAUUAUUCUCUGAAGGAGAGACGCUGCUGCACUGUUGGGAGUGUGAAAAACCCUUUGAGUUUGGGUAUUACCCAAGCUGCUGAACAAAUUCUAAUGGCCAUGCCCCUCAACCUUUUUGGCUGGAAGGUGAAGGUGGUGGAGUACUCAAAAUGUCAUUUAUUUUCCUAUUUUUAAAACUGGGACAUUACAUCUGAUACAAUGAUGCUUUGUAACGAUUACUUGAUCCUAUUGCAUCUUACCCCUUAAAAAAAAACAUCAUGUUUCCUAUCCUUAGAAUUGUAGAGGUCACUUCUAAAGAGUGAGUCAACAUAGGUUGAUCCUGCAGGUGAGAUGGAAGUCAUAGCACGAAGGCAAUGUCUGUCAGAACCUUAGGAGCCGUUCUCAUUUUUGUAGCAUUUUCCCUUUGGUUCUCUGCGGGACUGAACAGCAAACCACACAGACUUGGUGCUGUCUUUUGUGCUAGCAGGCACAGAGAAGAUGAUCUCUUUGAAGGUGGCAAUGAGAGAUGCCGCAAGAGAAAACAAUGGAAAGCCAAUUCGUCUCUGUAGCUGACUUUUCUCCUGCUGUAUUAAAAUAGAUGGUGCUCGGUUGUUCUUCUGGGUUGCCGAAUUUCUAUAUUUAGUCAGUUCUUCCCACCCCCGUUUUUCAUAACUUAUGAGCAAAGGCUCACUGCUUUCAAAUGAUAGGGGAAGUGGUCCUUCUGCUCACCAUGUUUUAUCAUACAUGUAUGAAGAUGGGACAGUAUUGAAACCUGAGGGAGAGGUAGAUUGGGUUAACUAAUAGAAAGCAGUAUCUGAUGGAUGCUAAAAAUGUUACUGUUAUCUGAACAUUGUUUAAUCUUGACACCAAGUAAAGCAUCCUAGUAUAA